UCAAUGCUGCGAUGCGUCCUACCAUGUGUACUGUCGCUGCGAGUCGCAACAGCCUGCGCUCAAGGCGUGGAACAGUCGACAGCUCGCCCCGGGUGCCCUCCCGCCGGCGCCAGCGACCUCCCGCCACGCAACCUACUCCCCCACACCGCCGCGCACACCAAGCAGCACCGGCCCGCGGCAGCACCGUGCGCGCCAACGCGGCCGCGGCCGCCGGCCUGCCCGCUGACCAGCAGUCGCCGCGGCCUGCUGUCGCGGCCUCGUGGUGGGUGGAGCUGUUUCGGCCUCUGGAGCACAGGGGCUGCAACGCCGAGCUGCUCGUGCUGCUGCUGGGCGAGACGCUGUGCGGGCUGGCCACAACCCUGCAGACCACCUUCCUGUUCGUGUACCUGCACCUGGAGCUGGGGCUGCCGGCCCUGGGCAUUGUGGCGGCCCAGGGCAGUGUGCACUUCCUGUGCGGGCUGGCUAAGGGCGCCAGCGGCGUGGUGGGCGACAUCGUCAGGUCGCAGUCUCGGGUCAUCAAGUUUGGCACGUUCCUCACGUUCCUGUGCAAGCCCAUGAUGCUGCUGGCCGGGGCCGUGCACGCCGCGCUCGGGCCGGAGGCCUGCGCCUGGUGGUUCUUUGUGGCACGGCUGUGCGACCAGCUGAGCAAGAACGUGCGCGAGCCGUGCGUAAACGCGCGAGUCAAGCAGCUUGCAGAGGAGAGCGCCGAAAAGACAGGGCCUGCGGGCGGCGAGAGCAAGGACGCGCUUCAGGCUCGGAAGAAGAAGGCACGGCAAAGCGCAUUCGCACUGAAGGAGACCUUGGGCACCGUCGCCAUCGCCACCGGCGGCCUUUCCUCGGGCCUGGUCCUCGCGGCCACUGGCGGCGACUACACGCUCACCAUGGCGGCGUCGGCUGUGCCGCCCGCCCUGGCGCUGGCGUGGUAUGCCGCGCGCUUGCGGGACGACAACGGCGCGUCGCCGGAGCCAGAGAAGAAGAGGACGCCGGUGAAGUGGACGUGGGCGCUGCUGCGGGCCACCUUCAAUGCCUUUGACCCUGCGUACUGGGAGUACAAGGUGGUGAACGUGCUGCUCUGGUUUGCUCGCUUCGACGUCGCGCUCCUGACCCUGCGGGCUGUGGAGGUGGUACCGAAAGAGCUGCUGCCCGCCAUGAUUGUGACCAACAUGACCAUGCAGAUCCUCCUGACGCCCGUAGUGGGCAAGAUCGCCGGCGGUGGCGGGGCCAAGGGCGGCGGUUCCUCCCACCGCAACGCGCUGCUGCUGCUGCUGGCGGGGCUGGGGGUCAUGGUGGCGGCCAACGCGUGCUUCGUACUGCCCGGCCUGGCCAACACCUGGGGCAUGUUUGCCGGAGCCGCGCUCCUCGGUGUGCACAUGGCACUGACGCACGCCAACCUCAAGGCGACGUCUGCUGCCAUGAUGCCGCAAAAGGAGGUGCCGGGCCUGGGCAGGGUGGAUGGAAGCGCCGCGUCCUUUGACGCCUCCCUACUUGGCGUUGCCCUGCUCGGCAGCAACGCGGCGGCGGGCGCCCUGACGGACAUGACGCGCGAGGCGGGACUCGGCAACGUGGGCUGCUUCUGCGGUGGCGCCGCGGCGUGCCUGCUGGCGGGUCUGCUGCUGAUUGCGUUUUGCACCUGGGGCCACCUGGGCAAGUGGGCGGUCGAGAAGGACGCGGAGGCGGCGCGGAAGACGGUGCGGAAGGCUGCGGAGGAGGCCGCGGCGAAGGCCGAGGAUAAGGCCGCAGAGCCUUUGUUGGCAUAGAUAUACUGCCACGUGCAUUUUCGUGUGCGAUAAUUGGGGAAGGAGGGAGGGCAUGGAUCAGCGAGACGUACGCGCACCUCGAGGGUGGCGGAGACGUGCUUAUCCCGCUUGUGCGUGUGCAGUACGGUAUGUGGCAGUUGCAGUGAUGGUGUUGCGGGCAGCAAGGCCUGGGCCGGGGGUGCUGGUUCUAGGCAGGGCUGCGGCAGGCGUGGAGGGCGGCUGUUGACAAUUGGGGGGGGGUGUUCGGAAGGGCGUUGGCUGGAUGUGUGUUGGUGUCCUGUGUUGAUGCCGCACCAGUGAACCUAUAGCGUCGCAUGCCAGCGUAUGACUGACGGACGGUGGCCCCAGCCUAUUGACUGUGAUGAUACAAGGUGCGAGCGGCCAGGGGCCCAAGUCUCGUGAUGUGCACAGUGCACGCACCUCAAGGAACCCAUCCACCACUUCCAAACGCGCUCUGAAAGGCUC